AAAACGAGACGACCAUAAAAUUAAGAAAGCAACAUUUAAUCUUUUUUUUUUAAUAAUUUUUUUUUAACUUCAUAACUUCAAGUACACACACACUUAUAUAUUUAUACACAAAUUAAAUACUUAAGGAGUUUUAUUAAAAAAUUUACACAUCUUUUACACAUCGAUGUACAAUAUUAAUAUUUUAACAAAGAUUACAAAAGAAAAACAAAUAAAAGUAAAAUAAAAUAUAAUAUAAAUAAAUGUAAAUAAAAACAAUGGAUUAAAAAGAAGAAGAGGGCAAUGUUUGAACGUUUACAUUUAGGAAGAUUUCGAAGUAUUAAAAAUAAUACAAAUAAUAACAAUAAUAAUAAUCAACAAAAUCAAAAUCAUCAAUUAAUUAAUAAUCAACAACGUCAUUAUAUUCAUCAACAUCACCAUCAUCAUCAUCAUUUUCAACAACAACAACAACAACAACAGCAGCUACAACAACAGCAACAACAACAAUAUCAAAAUCAAUAUAAUAGCAGCAGUGUACGAAUUAUAGAACUGGCGCGUGAUAAAAAACAACGAUCACAAUGUGUCACGGUUAUGUUUUUAGAUGACACACAGCACACCUUUCGAAUUGAGAAACGUGCUAAGGGAUCCGAAAUCUUAGAUCAAGUUUUUCAGUUUCUUGAGUUAUCAGAAAGAGAUUAUUUUGGUUUAUUAUUUCCACAGAAACCUGGUGAAGUUGUGCGAUGGGUUGAUCCAAAUAAGAAUUUUAAAAAACAAUGGAAUAACCAUGUUGUUAGAGAUACCGAUUCAAUACCAUUAUUAGAAUUUAGAGUUAAGUUCUUUGUUAGUGAUCCAAGCCGAUUACAGGAAGAAUAUACCAGAUAUCAAUUUUAUAUGCAAAUUAAACGUGAUAUUUAUUUGGGAAAAUUGCCAUGUUCUUUGAACACCGCUUGUUUAUUGGCCAGUUAUACAGUUCAAUCUGAAUUAGGUGAUUUUAAUCCAAUUGAUCAUCAACCUGGUUAUUUAAAAUCAAUGCAAUUAUUACCAGAUCAAACUGAUGAAUUUGAACGUCGAAUUUCUGAAUUACAUAAAUUACAUCGUGGUCAAUUACCAGCUGAUGCUGAAUAUAAUUAUUUAGAACAUGCAAAACGUUUAGAUUAUUAUGGUAUUGAUUUUCAUAAAGCAAUCGAUUCAUGUAAUCGUGAUAUACAAUUAGGCGUAACAUCAAUUGGUUUAUUAGUAUUUCAACAUAAUAUUCGUAUUAAUACAUUUUCAUGGUCAAAAAUGGUUAAAGUUUCAUUUAAGCGUAAGGAUUUCUUUAUACAAUUAAGAAGUGAACCGUCUGAGGACUAUGAUACAUUAUUAGGUUUUACUCUUGGAUCUCAUAAACAUGCCAAAGCUUUAUGGAAAUCAUGUGUUGAACAUCAUUCAUUCUUUCGAUUAAAACGUCCUCACCGUUUACCAAGAUUUUUAAAUAUAACUCUUGGCUCUAAAUUUUACUAUUCUGGUAGAACGGAGCUUCAAGCUGUUCAAGAAAGUAAACAACGUGGUAAAAUAUCAAAAUCAUUUGCUAGGUCCCCUAGUAAACGUUUAAUAAACGGAAGUGGAGGUGGAAUUAUGUCCUCACCAAUUCCACUACAUUUAAAUGGUGGCACAUCAGACAGUAAUGGAACAUCUUUAAAUGGAAAAAGUCAACAAAAUACAUUAUUAACAUUAACGAAAACUUGCCGUCCCCACGAUAAUAAAGUUACUUCAAAAGAAAACGAUUCCAUCCCCAGAAAAGCAUGGGAACAACAAAGUGACGAAACUUUAUACAGGGAUCAAGGAUAUAUUGAACAAUUAGCACGUAGUUAUGAAUCACCGAUUCCUCCAGCCUAUAGCUCUGGGAAUCAUAGUCCACAGCUUCCGUCCGAAGAAAACUUAGUUACAAUACAUUUGAAAGCUGAUGAACAUGGGCGUUUCGGAUUUAAUGUUAAAGGAGGUACUGAUAUUGGAUUACCGGUACAAGUGUCAAAAGUUGUUCCAAAUACCCCAGCCGAUCGUAGUAUUCCAAGAAUAUGUGAAGGAGAUGAGGUUAUAAUGAUAAAUGGUCGUCUUGUUAAUGAUUUAGAUCAUGAGCACAUAGUUAAUUUAAUAAGAGCUUCUCGAGAAUACAGAAAUGGUGACCUUAUAUUAACGGUCAAACAAAAUUCGCUAAUUGCGAAAUCGGAAGAAGAAGAGCCUUUAUAUCAGUACGUUCCAGAGAAUGAUGAAAUUGGAUCCCAAAAUCUUCUUGAUGGCGAUGCUCUGUUUCAUCAAUCCUUACUUUUGUUAAGAGACGGUUUAGGUUCUGGAGCACUUUUAACACAAUACGAACAAAUGUAUAGAAAAAAUCCAGAUUUAGCAAUUACAGAAGCUAGAAAACCUGAAAAUAUUCCCAAAAACCGUUAUCGAGAUAUAUCACCAUAUGAUUGCACGCGUGUUGUUUUGAUUAAUAAUAAUUCUGGAGAUUAUAUAAAUGCAAAUUAUGUGAAUAUGGAAAUACCUGGAGGUGUAAUAAAUCGUUAUAUUGCAAGUCAAGGGCCAUUAUCAACAACAACAACAGAUUUUUGGCGUAUGGUACAACAAGAAAGUAGUCAUUUAGUUGUCAUGCUUACAACCGUCAUGGAAGCUGGACGUCAAAAAUGUCAUCAAUAUUGGCCGGGUAGUGGUGAUGAAUUAGAUAUGGGAGAUGGAUUCUCCGUUAAAUGUUUAAGUGAACAACCAGAUGAAACUGGUAGUUUUGUUUUUCGUGAAUUUAUUUUAAGUGAUAAAAAAACAGGUGAAAAACGUUCCAUCCAACAUAUGCAAUACUUGGCAUGGCCAGAUCAUUGUGUUCCGCCCGAUCCGAAUUUAUUUUUAGAAUUUACAGAACGUGUACGUUCAGCACGCAGUAAAACAUUGUUAAAAGAAGUAGAAGAAAGUAUGAAACAAGUUAAAAUACAAGAUGCUGAUGCUGAUUCUGAUACUGGUUUAGAGGGUGAACGUAAAGGUAUGGCGAGUAAUGGUGAAACACCAGAAGAUGAGACACCAGUUUCAACAAGCGUUCAUCAGGUAAUCAGUGCUGCGAAUCCUCCUGUUAUAGUACAUUGUUCGGCUGGUAUUGGUCGUACAGGUGUUCUUAUACUUAUGGAUACUGCCUUAGCUUUGAUGGAAAGAAAAGAGCCAGUAUAUCCUUUGGAUAUUGUUCAAACUAUGCGAGAUCAAAGAGCGUGCAUGGUUCAAAAUGUUAGCCAAUAUCGAUUUGUUUGUGAAUGCAUUUGCGCAGCUUAUAUAAAAAUGUCAAAAGUUACUGUUACAGAAGGAGAAGAUCAAGGUGAACAAGAAGAAGAAGAAGAAUAGAAACGUAGUGAUUUGAUGAAAUUAUGAACAUUUUGCUUCAAUAUUAAAGAUAAUAAUUUUUGUAGAGAAAAAAAAAAGUAAUGUAUUUAUAAUUAUAUUAUCAAUAUUAUUAUUAUUAAUAAUAAAUAAUUGAAAUUGUUUGAAUUUAUUAAUACAUACGAAUAGAGAAAAAUUGACUAAAGUAAUGAAAUAUAUAUAUUAAAAUAUAUAUAAAAUUUAUAAUUAAGAGAAAAUCAGGACAUUUUGUUAGUUUUUAAGAAUAGAAAAGUUUUUGUAAGAGUAAUUACUUUUGCUUUUUAUUAAAAUUUUCAUUAAAUAAAAGUUUUUUUUUUUUCAAAUCAAAUAUUUGCAUAGAAUUUAUAUAUGCACCACGUCACAGAAUCAAUUUAACACUGCCGAAUAAAAUUUGUGGAUUUACUUAUUUAUUAAAAAUUAUAAAUACAUUUUUUUUUUUCAAAAUUUUACAAUUUGAACUAUUUUAAAUAAAAUUAUAGUUUUUUUUUAAUAAUAGUAUUUAUCUAUCUACUUGACUUGAUGAUUUAAAACAAAAAUAUGUAAGUUUGAAAAUUUGUUUCAAAAACAGAUAAAAAUUAAAAGUUUUCAUUAUUACAAAAAUAAUAGUAACGGGCAACUUUUAAGCUCAAUGUUUUAUAUAUAAAAAAUAAACGUUUAUAGUUUUCACAUUUAAUUUUUUGAUUUUGAAUAUUUUUUGUAAUUAUUAUGUGUAAUA